AUGACAGUCACGCGGGUUGUCUCUCGAAAGACCGACAUAAAAAGCAAGCCUCACCCUUCGGCAGAGCUCAUUCAGGAUGUAGAGACAGAGCCUGGUAGCUACCGAGAAGCCCGCCAGUCAAAGCAUGCCGUGAUUUCGGACAAAGCCAUGCCUGCAGAGUUUGAAGGCUUGUUAAGAGCAGGAACGUUCGCGUUAGCGGUAAAGGCCCCGAUGGGCUGUAACGUGAUAGAUGCUAGAUGGGUCUACAAAUGGAAAGCAGACGAAACAGGCAAGAUAGUGAAGGCCAAGGCUAGGCUUGUAGCGAAGGCCUUCAAGCAGAAGCGUGGUGUGCAUUAGAGCAUCGAUUCGUUUGCUGGUAGCAUUGGCGUGCAAGUAACAACUUGGAAUUACUCCACUUUGACAUUGAGCAAGCGUUUGUUCAGUCGGAAUUGGAUCAUGAGGUGUUCAUGAAGUUGCCUCCUGGCUGCGAGUCGAUGUCAGGAAAGGUAGUCCGUUUAGACAAAAGUUUGUAUUGACUGAGGCAGGCAUCUAGAACGUUUCACAAGAGACUAGUGUCGGACCUGAAGACAAAUGGUUUUGAGCAGUCUCUGUCUGACCCGUGUGUUCUCCGUUUCAUAAGGGGGGACGAGGUGAUGGGUUUGAUCGCGAUUCAUGUGGAUGACAUUCUGUGUGCAGGAAUCGAGAGGCUUGCCAAGAUGGUUGUGGA